GUAAAUACCAGUGCAUGGCGACAGGGAAUUGCAGUGCAUGGUCUCUGGUGCAGAAUGUUGGAGGUGGGAGCGAGUGUAGACUUGCUAGAGGAGGACCCACCAACUACCCCACCAUCAACGCCACCAACGCCACCUACUUCUACAGGCAAGACUCUAUACCUGGAACUUACUCGUGGGGAAAGGACGGUCUGUUGUACCUAAAUACGAUGAUGCUAAAGAAAUAUGCAGACGCUAAGACAUACUGCGCCUCCAUACCAGGUCACCGCCUCGGUAUCUUCAAGACCAUUCAGCAGAAGGACAUUCUACUGGCACUUCCCGUCCUAAGUAGUGGUAAAUGGGCAUUGGACCUCGUUAACAACGGUACUGGACCAGUCUGGGGUGACGGUACAAUGUACUAUAACACCGAGCUGGGGCAGAACUUCAGUAUAGUGGAAAUCCCAAACACAAGAGGCGUCCCUAUGGGUAUCUACGUCUACAUCAGCGGCAACAUCACCACUGGCUAUGAAGACAUUCUGAGGAAUUUUCAGUGUCAGUUCAACCCGGCAGGUGUAGACUGGUAACUCUGGUACACUUGUAGCAUGAGAUGUUGGAGGGAAAAACAGGGGGAAAGCAGGAAGGCAGUGUAGAAGGCAGGGGGAAAGGCAGGGGAAAUGACAGGAGGAAGGCAUGGGAAGGCAUGAAGAAAGGGGAAAGGGAGUAAGGCAGUGGGAAAGCAGGGAGGAAGGCAGGGGAAAGGUAGGGAAGAGGCAGGAAGGUAGGGGGAAAGGCAGGCAGGAAGGCAGGAAGACAUGGGCAAGGCAGGGAGAAGGCAGAGGGUAAGGCAGGGUAGAAAGGCUGGGUAGAAGGCAGAGUAGAAGGCAGGGGGAGGCAGGGUGGAUGAAAGUUGCAUUGACAAGCAAUUCGCAGCUACCUUUUGGUUUGAUAACACUUGCCGGGUUUGGUAAUACUUGCCUGGAUUGGCAACACUUACUGGAUUUGGUAAUACUUGCCCGGAUUGGUAACAGUUACUGGGUUUUGUAACAUAUGGCAAUGUUGGUAACAAUUUCCAAGAUUGGUAAUACUAGCUGGUAUUGGUAACGCUUGUCAGAAUUGAUAACACUUACCAGGGUUGGGAACACUUGGGAUUGGUAACAGUUGCAUUGGUUGGUAACACUUACUAGGGUUGUUAACACUUGCAGGGGAUGGUAACAGUUGUGGGGGGUUGAUAAUACUUUGCCGGGUUGGCAACACUUACCGGGGUUGGUAACACUUGUCUAGAAGAGUGGAGUAUACUUGGAGAGUGUUCCGGGGGUCAACGCCCCAGCGGCCAGCUCCAUGACCAGGCCUCGAGGGUCACUGUGUGUUGUUUAAAAUCUAAAUGGGUGAUUAUUUUAUCAGUUUUGAUUUCUGCUGGCAGUAGUAGGUUUUAAUUGGUUUUCUGUUGUGGAUCCCUAAGCACAGAUACCAUAAGUAGGAAUGGUAACUUUUGCUACUUGCCAGGAAGAGUGAAGUUGUUAUCUACCUGGAGUAUACCUGGAGGGUGUUCCAGGGGUCAACGCCCCCGCGGCCCAUGUGCACAAUAUUAGCACCAAGUGUGUGUUUAACAGGACCUUCACUACCGCCUACUAAUGUAAAUAUAUAAACAUGGGUCUCAGAACUAACACAGAAUGGAACUGUCAGCUAAAUUUAUAUCAAUAAAU